GUUUAAUCUUAAAUUUGAUCUGACUUGAAUUAUAAAUCAAGUUGAUGGUAUAAAUCCUAAAUCUAAAACACGGUUCAAUAUAAAUCGUAGAAUAUAUAGUACAACGUUUAUAAUAUUGAGUGUUGUAUUCACUACAAACUAAGCAAGAAUGAUGUAUAAUUUAGGGUUAAAAAGUUUGCUGUAUACAACUUAAAAUUAGGGUACUCUUCCUUCUCUUUGGACACAAACUUUUUCAUCAGUGAGCACUUGUUCUUGAAAUGCCCUAUUUCGUUGCAUCCGAAGCACCGUGUUGUUUGCCGUUUUGAUGCGUAUCUAGAAGCAAGCGCAAUGUUUUUCUCUUCUGUCUGCUUCUCUUCCCCGGCUUCUGCAUUCAAAAACAGUUGGCACUAUUUUCACGCGUUCCUCAAGCGUAUACACAACCAUUUUCGUUCAGCGGGAGGAAACUAAUUUUUUGUCAAAUCAGAAGAGACAUUAAGAAUAAUGAUACAGGAAGGGUGGCACUAUAGCGAUCAACAAUGGAUUCACAUGAUCCCUUCGAUUACACUGUAUACUCUUCACUGAUUCGUGAUAAACAAUUUGAUAACCCAAAUGAAGUAAAAAACCUGUAUCUACAUGUGGAUCAACAAUAUAGUUGUCAAUUGACCGUUUUGAGCACAAAGGUCUGUCUAGAACAAGUCUAUAGUGUUUCGCUAAGAAGUAUUAUAUCCAUUGAAAAACGGCGUGAAAUUACAUUUCCUGUUUCUAAUAACAUAACAGAGACUAUAGGCAUUCAAGUGACAAAAACUAUUGUAUUACCUCUUUCAAGAAACAUUUCCAGGAACCAAAAUCAUUACAAUGAAAGUAUUUUAAUGAAUGAAUUGAUAAUUGGCCAUAUUAAACAUUUUAACAGCAAGACGAUGAAUGAUAAUGGAAACAACAAUUCUAAUCGGCAAAAUAUGUUAUCAAUUUCAUCCGACUCAAAAUCUCCCAGUAAUGCAUUUAUUAACAAAAAACAUGCAGAUCGUCAACACAGCGAUUCUAAUACAUUUUUAUAUUCAAACAAUCUGUAUACGAAUUUAGAGCAGAUUUCUACUAUUGCUCAUAAUAUGGAACCAACGUGUCCUAAAAGGUCACCAAUAGAUCUAUCAACCGUAGCUAAUGAUACUUCUUCACUGGUUUCUUCUACUUUAUCAAACGCUUGCACAGGAAAGAAGUUUACUUUUGAUCAAAACACUCAGUAUAAGAAACAGCAUAAUGACUUAUCCAAAACAAUAAGUGGCAUUAGAACCAACAGUCUAAUUUGUAUCCAUCAAUUGAGAUCUAAAGAUGAUUGUUUCAUCUCUAAAACCGCAGUUCAACAAGAAUAUGAAGCCUGCGAUAAACGAUCUCGAUUUCCUCGCACUUUUAACAUUCUUGAAAAAAUCGAAAUGGAAAAUGUAGCUCAUACACCAGAAUCAUAUUCACCGAAAACAUUAAAUACUAGAGCAGUGCUCAGAGCGAAAUCGUUUUCUAAUUCUCACGAGUUUUUGGUUCAACCAUCAGAUGUCAAAGUAAAUCCUAGAAUCAAUGAAAAUGUUUUAGAUAACAAUAGCAGCGCCAACCUAAAGCUUCGUAAUGAAAUGAUUGCACUGAAUAAUUCGGCUGUUGAUGAAGCAAAGGAAUGCAAUAAAUGUAUACUAUCGCAGUCACUCGCCCUACCUGUUAAGAAACCGAGCUCUCUGAAUAUGGUUGAUAGUCCUUUUUCCCCUACGUUGAUUUCAUCUAAAACAUCGCUAAUCUCAUCAGCAUCGGCAACAUCUGCCAUUGAAAACACUACAACAAAUGCAAUUGUAUAUAGCAGUAAAAGCGGGAGAUUAACUUAUUCAUCUAAUGGAACCAAUGAGUGUUUUUACCAAAAAUCUCUUCAUAGGUCGUACCAUGCUGAUUUGGAUGGUAACAUGGGUAAUUCAUACUUCCGUUUUCCUGAUGUGGAUUCAUUUACACCACCAAACAGUGUCCAGUUAUUAAAUCGAGGUUGGCGUAGCAACACCGAUUUUAAGACUGCAUCAUUCGUAACACACUGUGUUUCACCGGAAGGGAUAUUCUCUAAUGAUAUGUUAUUAACGCAGCCUCAAGUAAGUUCUGCAGAGAAUACUGAUCUUAAAUUAGAAAAUCCAUAUGCCGCGUCAGAUGAAUCUAUCCAGCGAACAAUUGAUGACAGUCUCAUAUUAGAAAGCAACAAAGAUAAUACUAUUUCGGUUAAUCAGACCGUACGAAGAGCUAGAUUAAAGUCAAUAUCAUUAGAUUCAGAAGGAGCACGUUUAGUAGAAGAACAUCUCUCAAUCAGCAUUCCUGUUGAAGAGCUGGUAGGAAUAGCUUCAAGCAAAUCGGCAUCUGAAAAACAUCCAACUCAUUUCAGCAAUUCAAAUGCUUCCGAAAUUGGCGAAGAUCUGUUUUCGUUGAAUAAAAAACGUAACAUCUUCAAUCUAACCCUUAAUUUAAAUCAUAAAGACGAAACUUUGAGCGUCGUUGAUGAUUGCAAGUUUAAUGAAUUUUACUUCGAAUACUACGAUUAUGACGAUGAUGGCGAAGAAUACGAUAUGGGUUAUUACAGUAGGAUAAAUUCUAACGAAAAAAGAAAAAAAAAUUUUUUUCAUCAGCAAACACCAAUUUUCAUUCAGAACCGCACCAAAGCGAGCUCGUUAGAUUUAGAACAAUGUUUUAACAAUUCAAUUCAAUCGACCAAAAUUCAAAAUACAGCGGAAGAUUGCGUGCAGGAAAACAGCAUGCAUAGUCCUGUACUUAAUCCUUCGACUUCAAUAAUGUCCACAUCUUCAUUGUCAGUACCAACAACUCCCAAGCGCAUGCCAUACCGACUACAGCAUCAACAACAUCAUGGGAAAUUCAAACAAAGUCGUUGCACUAAUGACAAUGUCACUGGUAUUAACAACAGUCCUGCAAUAGAGCGAUAUACAUUAUGUGGUUUUCAUAAAAAAUUAGGAAGUUUUGACGAAAAUGUGGAUAACUAUUGUAGUUCAUUCGAAGAUGACAGCGACUCAACUAAUGCGAAAUAUUCGCUUUCUUUUAAGACUAAACAGAGCGAAGAAAAUGUGAGUGUGGCUAAUAUUAGUGAUAAAGCCUUUCCUGACAUCACUCCAGUGUGCGAUUUCGUAGAGAAGGUAUUGGAGACAAAGGCAUCAGAAAAACCUCCUAUUCAGACGUUAAACAAAAAUCGAUCGAAUAUACUGCAGCGAAGAGGUUCAAACCAAAGCCUCACGUUAAAUCUUGAUGGAGGCGUUGAAGGUUGUUUAAACAAAGGAUUAUCCGCAUCAAAUUAUAGUUUGGGUAAUUAUCGAGAAUCUCAUUUAAGCUUAGCUGGAUCGUCAUACAAUCUGCAACAACAGCAACAGCUGCAUCAAGGUAACCAUUCGAACGUGAAUACGGUUCAAACUAAGAAAAACUUAUUACAACGCCGUGGAUCGAAUACUAGCCUGGUACUAAAUUUACAGAGUUCAAAUACAAGUCUUAAUAGAUAUACGAGCCACAGUUCUCUAAAUAUUCAAAAUCAACAAAUUCGUUCAUCCAAAAAGGGUUUGCUAGAGCGACGAAACUCUAAUACUAGUUUAACACACAUCAAUGUUCAAAGUCGAACUCUAUCUGCUUCAAACUGUAAUCUGCCAAGUUCAGCAGGAAGUUUAAACAGUAUUGCUACAAACCAAACACAAAACGAGGUCAUCACCAUGGAUGAAAACGAUCAUCAGUUAUCUAACAAUAAAAAUAAAACGAAUAACUGCAUACCAACAAUGGUUAGUGCAUCGAAUGAAUCUCAUCUAUCACCGAAUUGUCAGCAACAUGGUCAAAGGCGAAAGUUUCUGAGUUCUGACAGUCUGCACAAUAUAGUCAAUCAGAGAGCAGAAUGUUGUUGUCAACAAAAAGAAACAGAAGAAGAUAAUAAGCAAAUUUGUUGUCGCGCCCGCGUGAAUAUGUAUGGUGGUUCAGUAGAGGAUAUAAAACAAACAAAAAAGGCUCAGCGGAGUGACUCUACUUGCCCUUUUCAUAUAAAUGGUAAAAUAUCCGACAAACUGAGUAUAUUAUCCAACGAUGUGUUCAAAUUCAAAUCGACUGUUACAUCGACCGCAUCCACUAACAAUCUGACACAAUUCACUACUUGUGAUUGUUGUUGCUGUAACUGUGCAGAUGCACUUGCCGAUGGAGUCAAUACGAUGAGUUUUAGUAAUACUAAUGUGCGUAAGAUAACAACUAAGCCAUUAAGUCCUCAAACUACCAGUGAAGAUUUCAAAAUCUACUUAGCUAAUGUACAAUUUCUACAAAAUGCAUCGAACGUGCUUUCGCAAAACUACAUGAGAAAGUUACAUUUUAUAUUUGAGAAAAGUUAUGGUAAUUUAUAUAAAAAAGAAAGUGACAACUUGCUGACAAGUGUGAACAAUGACAUGAAAUUCACAAGCUUACCAUUGAUAUUAAACACACAAGCAAACGAAACGGUAGAUCAUUUCAAUGUUUGUGAAUACAUUGACAAAGGAGAAACGUUCAUACCAGACGAAGAUGCAAGAAAAAUGAUCCUUAAAAUUCAUCAAGAGUUUUGGGACUUACCCACGAACUAUCAAGAAAAACCUUUGGUAUUCGGCUCACAGUCGAAAAAUCGUUACAAAACUAUUCUUCCUAAUGAGCACUCUAGAGUGAUUCUACAAGCCGAACCUGGAAUACUGAAUGAACCAUAUAUUAAUGCUAAUUUCAUCAAGGGUCCGGAUUAUACCAUUAAUAGUUACAUCGCUACACAAGGCCCUAUGCCAAAUACAAUCUACGAAUUCUGGUUGAUGGUGUUACAAAAUGCUUUGAAAAUAACGUCUCAGAAUAAUGGAAGGAAACGACACAUAGAGCAAAAAUUAAUCAUGCUAACAGAUUUCAUCGAAAAUAAUCGACAAAAGUGUUCGGUUUAUUUUCCUCUACAACCGAACGAGUCGUUAGUAUUUAGUAAUAUUGCUGAUGUUGACACGAAUGGGGUAUUAAAUAACACGGAAACCAUAAUAACGGAAAUACAAACUUGUUCCGAGGCUACUAUGUCUAUACCUGCUAAUCCAGUGAUAAAUUUUAAUUACUUUCUCAUCAGAAAUAUUGGAGUGCAACGCAAGAAUGGGUAUACUAUUCGCAAACUUCUAGUCAUUUAUUCGCAUCAAGAUAGACAUGAAAUGCGAGAGAAACGUAAUGCUUGCACGAUAUAUCAUUACUGGUUUCCAGACUGGCCCGAUCAUCGUUCCCCAGGAAACGUUGGUGUACUUUUAGAUAUGAGUCUUGAUAUUUUGGAUAGUGACUGUUCCUUUUAUUUUGAUCCGGCGAGCAAAAAAAAUCUUGAUAUAUUUCGACCCUUACCAAUAAUACAUUGUUCAGCAGGCAUCGGAAGAACAGGAUGCUUACUCGCGAUUCUUAAUGGGCUGAUCCAAAUAAGGUCUAGUUACAGGUCGCAGGUUAGUGCUACUGCACAUCAGCAUGUAUCAUUGUGGAAUUCCAGUGAUCGAGUAUGUGUGGAUAUACUAGGGAUCGUUUGUAAUCUUAGACUUCAACGUGGCGGCAUGGUUCAGAAUUCAGAGCAGUACGAACUAAUUCAUAGGGUGCUAUGCUUGUACAUGGAAAAACUGUUAAAAUAAUGCAUUUAGUGAUGCAAAGGAAAGUCGUGUAAAUGUGCUUAAUGAUGUUAUUUUGUUAAUCAAAAUGACCGCUUACCAAAGAAUAAACGAUUUGUAUGUUUA